CUCUACAUUUUGUGUGGUUAGUUCAGAGAUGUAUUAGAAAUGUUGUAGCUAACUAGCUAAGUGCCUUGGUUAGUUAACUUGAGUGGGAAAAGUCGUUUUGUCAUUUUCACCCUAACCAGGUUGUCAGGCUUCCUGUAAUGGCUGGAACAACCUUUUGUGAUGUGCCUGAGCUUUACAACAUUCUUAAUCAGUACACUCGCCUGUCCAGACUACCAGAAUUCAACUACCUCUGUUUGAUUGGAAUACAAUGUUAUUCAACCAAACUAGUUUGGCUGAUUGCUUACAGGAGUGGGAGUGUCUGGAAAAGGACUUUCAACGGGUCCAGGAGACUCACCGUCUGUAUAAACAGAAGCUUGAGGAGGUCUCCAAGCUACAAGACAGCUGUUCCAAUGCCAUAGCACGACAGAGGAAGAAAUUAAAAGAGCUCACAGUGUCGCUGGAAGAAUGCAAAGAAACACUGAGCACAGAGGAAAUGAAUGCAAUAGAUGGGAUCCAGGAAUCUAUCAAGGACAGACCAAAUGUUUUCUUUGAAAUGGAGUCUUUCCUGCCAAAGAAGAAUGGGUUAUACCUCAGUCUCGUUCUUGGGAACGUGAAUGUAACAUUGCUCAACAAACACUCCAAAUUUGCCUACAAAGAUGAAUAUGAGAAAUUCAAAUUGGUCCUCACUGUCCUACUCCUCGUCUUCUCAUUCACAUGUCGCUUUAUAUUUAGUUACAGAGCCUUAGACGCUCUCUUCAACUUCCUGCUGGUGUGGUACUACUGCACACUGACCAUUCGGGAGAGUAUCCUCAUUAGCAAUGGCUCCAGGAUCAAGGGUUGGUGGGUGUUUCAUCACUAUGUGUUCUGCUUCCUGUCUGGAGUGAUGCUGACUUGGCCGGAAGGCAUACUCUACCAGAUGUUCAGGAAUCAGUUUCUCACCUACUGCUUGUACCAAAGUUUUGUCCAGUUUCUCCAGUACUAUUACCAGAGUGGCUGUCUGUACAGGCUUCGAGCCCUGGGAGAGAGUCACAACAUGGACUUGACAGUUGAGGGUUUCCAGUCGUGGAUGUGGCGAGGCCUGACCUUCCUUCUGCCCUUCCUGUUCUUUGGUCAUUUCUGGCAGCUUUACAAUGGCCUAACACUGUUCAGGAUGGCCCAGCUCCCAGAGUGUAAAGAGUGGCAAGUCUCCAUGUGUGGCUGCUCCUACCUUGUGUUGUUCAUGGGGAACUUCUCCACCACACUUGGAGUAGUCUACCAUAAGUACAUCCACAACCAAGACAAGUCCAAGAGCCUAUAAGACUUGAAGAGAAAGAUAACUAGACAUUGUUAUGAACACAACGAUUUAUUCAAAAGAAUAUGUGCAAAAUGUGUUUUGUACUAAUAUGCUUUUUAUGUAUAUUUUAUGCGUUUGUCUUGCAAAUGUUUACUUUUUUCUGUUGCACCAUUUUAUCUAAUGUGUUUCGUUUUGAGUAAAAAUGUUGAACCACA